AUGGAACAAAGCAUUGUGGACUUAAUUUCGUCAUCUUUGGAUUCUGGCAAUUAUAAGGAAGCUAUUAAUUUGUCUCUUGAUGUGAAAUAUACCAAUGAUUUAAGUAAUCAUUGCUAUGAAUUAAUAACGGCAAUAAUUGGAAAGAUUGAUGAUGACACACUGAUCAUAAAACCCUCAUUGUAUGGUACUUGUGAAACAUUAUUAAAUAAUAUUGUGAGACAGGUUUCUCCAGAAGAAGCUUUGUUUGAAUUUAUUGAACAAAUACAAGUAGCGAAAAAUGAUGCACAAUUUGCUAUUGUUUUGGAACCUGUACAGCAACUGCUGUUAAAGUUGAUUACAAAAAGAUUCAGAAGUUUGGAGUUUACUCUGGAUUCAGUUAGCUCAUACUUAACAUCUAUUCCUGUACCAAAGCAUAAUCUGGAAGGAAAAGAACGCCUCUUAAUUGAUUCUGAUACUAAUACAAGAAGAAUUAUGAAAACUUAUUCUCUUUUAUACCAUUUUUAUAAUCCAUUAGUUAAGGAAGUCACCAAUGCAACUGCCAAUGUAACUAGUACAACAAAAGAAGUAUUAAGUGCUUUCUUGAUUGGUCUCUUAGGAAAGCCUUUAAUAUAUGUAGAUUUAGAUCCUGUAGAUAAUCCCUCUUGUGAAGCCUGGAAAAGUGCUAGUUUUAUUAUUGAGGAUUUGUGCACACUUGUCAAAAAUGUUAAUAAAUUUCUAGAACACGUAGAAUUACACCAUAAGAAAAGUCUUAAAACUAAAUCUAUGAAUUCUCUGACUAACAAUGAAGAAAAACUAUCACCGUAUGAUCAUAUCGAAAAAAUUAAUAUGACUACACUAUCUGGACUGUUUUAUGGAAUUUAUUCUGGUCACUUUGAGGUACCAGACUUUGCAGUUCCUAACGUUUAUAGUAUUGAAUAUGUUGUUCACACUGUUUUAAUUUGUGUUAUUCAUCUAUUAAAUUUUGUUGAAUAUGGCCCUCUAGCCAAAGGCAUAUCCUUAUGUAGAAACAUACUUGAGCGUUGCCAAACCAAUACUUGUCACACUAUGCUUACAAAUUCAAUUCACUACAACCUAUGUCAAAAUUUAGUAAAUAUUGCUAUAUAUUCUACCUAUGAGACUAUACGCAAGGAAGCUGUUAAACUUAUUAGCAUUCAUAUCAAUAAAUUUGAAUACAAAGGAAGGUGUAUGCUUAUUAAAUAUAUAUUAAACAAUUCUAAUCAUUCAGGAAUGAUAGGUUAUUCAAUAUCAUUAUACAAAAACUCUAUAGAAGAGGCUUUUAAAGAAUCUGCAUUACCAGAUUGCUUUACUGGAUCUCAACUUAUGGGUAUGAUAAAAAAAAUGUGUCACUUACCACAUGGAGCUGAAUCAGACUUAGUUGAAUUAGCUGAUCAAAUAAUAACUACAUUAAACUUGUUGAGGUAUUUAGCAUUAAAAGAUAAUUUAAAUAAAACAGGAAUCAAAGAAUGCUUUACGAUGAUCGAAGAUGACUAUUUACAAAAACUGAGAACUGGCUUAAAUAUGUCAAAAGCUCAUUAUGAAGUAAAAUUAAUGGAUAUUCAGAAUUCAAAAAAUCUACCCGAGGAAGAAUGUAAUAUUUCAAUAAAUGUUGGUGGGAAUAUAUUGGACAAGAUACCUACCAAAAAUAAAAAAGAAAUAAUACAUUCUGCACUCAAUGCUUUUCAUCUAAUAGAGGGUUUGGUGGCUCGGCUGUCAGAGUGCAUUAAUAUAAAUAAAACUUAUAAUUAAAUAAAUAUUGUAAAAUUAAUUCUUAAUAA